AUGGCACAGAUUCUAUCUGUACAUGCCCUAGGAUGGGCGGGCAUGAAAGGUCACUGGUGGCAGUUUGUAUGUUUUAUGAUUCGCUUUUUGGUUCCCUUCAAAAUGAAGCUUCUGUUCUGGUCUACAAACAAAAUUGGUCAGGAUACUAAUAGCAGUCUCCAGGUAUUCAUUGGGAUUUUAUUGGCUUGCAUUACGAUUGGCUGUGUGAAUAUUCUUUGGUCUUUUAUAGGAAGAUUGAUCAAAUAUUAUCGGUUGAAACCGGUGUCGGAUAAAAUUUCAUCAGAUGUGUCUCAACGCCUUCAAAAACUCGCCAAUCGAGAACUCAACUUGGCCGACACCUCUCUUACCAAACGAAAACCUUCGUCGUUCGGCGUAUACUUAGGCAGCUUCACUCAGCCACCGACAGCACCACAAGCAGCGUUGUUGGGACAAUGGGAUCUCCUGAUUGUUGACCCGUUCCAAGAUGGUGUUGCAGAAGCAAUUUGCGGAGGCGCUUGCACUAGAGCUCUGGGUAGAAUUGAUCUUGCCGAUAUUUCAACUCCCGGAGCUUCUACCUUGGAUACUAUCCAGAAGAUUGAAGAGGUUCUUGCCAAUUACUUCAAGGGUACCUCUUUUUCUGGUAUUCUUUUCGCUAAUUGGGAAGAUUUGCUUUCUCCGGCUGUUCAAGCGAAAAUUUUCACGAUACUCAAUGAUCUAGGAUUGGAGGUCUAUCUAGAGGUGCAGCCACCGCUCUUCUUGAGGAACAGAAAAGCGCUGCAGAAUGACUCUGUAUCCGGGUUAGUCGUUCGCAAUGCCAGCAUCCUGCCGCAAGGGGAAAAGCGUGACUAUUUCCAGAUGAACACGCUCCAAUCAACAAUCAAAGCAUUUGUCUCCGAGGCAUGUAUGAGAGACUUCGUCGUUCUGGCAUGGGAGACUGUGAAUAAUGAUGUGACUUUGUCAAAUGCAAUUGUCCGCAGGUCUCUUCAGUGGUGCAACUUCUACAGUUCGAUAUCCUGGAUAGGGACUGAGGCUGCUCUCAAAGACGCCUCUUUCAACUAUCCGACGCUUGAGCCCCUCCCGGCAUUUGGCUGGUUGAAGGAAGCAGAUAUCAUGAAAACUCACGAUAUUUGGCGUUCUAAUAUCCGUAUAUCGCAACGUUCUGGGGCUGAAAGCGGAUGGGAUAUCCUUCGGUCUAUAUUUCCUGCGGUGGACGCGCUGUUAAAUUCGAAGGAGCACAAGACGAAGUCUCCGAAAAGCCAAGCGCUUCGCCUGAGAGACCCCCCCGAAUGGGUAGCACAAGUCAAGUCGCAAGGAAAUCCAUUAUCGGUGUCCAUGUCAGGGCAAGAAUACACCAAUCUCGGUUGCUUUCCCUUGGGAUCAGACCCCACUCCCAUGGCAUUUGCAGAGAUUCUUCAAUCACAACAACGCUUGAAGGCACUCGAGCUUCUACAUCCUGUUCCGGCAACAAAGAUCCAAAGCAUUGGCGUAGUCCUGCGCACUUUCUAUGAUACUUUGGCUCAUUCAAACAAUGAGACUCAGUCAAACGACGAAAACCAGUUGAUAGCGGCGAUUAAUGAGCUAUCAGACUUGGCGGCCAACGGGUCGUUGCGCGUGAGCCUCGCUCUGGAUUCCGGGCUCAGAAAAACUUCAGACUGCCGCUUCUGGAGUGUUUAUGAGAACGAGGAUGAUAAAUUUGAUGUAUUUGUCUCGAAAAAUGCACAAGGUCUGGCUGGAACCGUUUUGCAUACAUUUCUGUCAGCAAAAGGGUUCUCUCGGCAUGUUUGUUUCGAAGCUGAAGCUUCUUUGGCAAAAUUGACCAACGAUAUUGCUCCUGGCACAGAUCUUCCCCGUCGAUUAACUCAAGAUAUCGAUGUUCUAAGUCCUGAGGAGCGAUUGCUACUCCUGCAACACCUGGUACUCACUGAUUCCCACAGCGACAUCAACGACAGGGUCUGUGCGUAUAUUCGACAGAAAUUGGUGGACGCACCGUCCUUCUCGCAACUCAAAGAGGCCAACACCGUCCAAUAUCUAAACGGUUCGGCUUCUUCAGAGUACUUGGUGCGGUCUCGAAUUAGCUGGUAUGAAGAACAGGGUUGCACUUAUCCUGGUGUCUCGAGUUGUCUUGCCCUCUUCCAAGAGAUUGAUCAAGUUUUCGCAAGAAUCUUGAAGCAGCACCAGGAAGAUAAUCUUGCAGCUAUCACAAAGGGCCUUUGUGAGCUCAUUCAACAAGGAACAUUAGAUGCAUACGCCGAUAUGGUUGCUCUUUCAUUGUUUUGUGCUGCUAGAAAGGGCGCCUUCGAUGAAAUUUAUGCAGAGGUGACCGACCGAAAUCCACUUUUCAACCACCACUCAGACCAGGCUGCCGCGUUUGCCGAAUCUUUUGCUUUAGGAUCACGAUGCGAAGCAUACUUCGAUGUUUCGCCUAGCGUCUUUGGAAAGCUGUUGUCCGAUCGAUUUCGAGCGUAUUACAGCCAGCAUCAGCCUCCAAAUUGGGUGAACGGGGCUCCUCAGCUUGCAACUGCCUAUGCUGGCGCUCAAAUUGAUGUCAACCCAGAUGACAAGACAAAGACGAUGCGAAAUUACCAGCGAUUCACAUUUUUGAGUGUUUUUGCCAUCCCAGCUCUGAUCGACAUCGUGCUGCUCACCACCAUUGGGCGUGGCCUCUAUCUUUCUGCAUAUAUGACCCAUCAAGAGCAGGACAGUGCCACAAUGGCAUUGAUGAUUUCGCUUCUGCUUUCGGGUGCCAUUGGAACGUGGAUUGCAUGUGGCGGUCCCUAUUAUCUCAUUUCGAUGGCUUUUGCUGCGGCAAAUAUGUUCGUCUUAAUCCGUCUCAUUGCCGGAAUUGCAUUCACUGUAGGUGGAGGUUUAAUUGGUUUCGUCGCACUGUCAAGUGUCAGAGGGCCCCGGGCAGGUAUUAUCUUCUACCUUUACUUGAUCGCCCUGACUAUAUACUUCUCGACGUUUGCCUCUCUGGCGAGUUUCAGCUACCCCGGCUCCACUUUUCUCUCGGGUCGCAAGGCUAUCAUCAUGUGCAUUCCUAUUCUUUUCCUAUCUCCCAUCAUCACGACAUUUGCAGGAAAUGAUUCAGCGAUUUACCUAGCAGUUAUAUACCUGUUUAUUGGGGUGCUUCUUCUUGGAUUGCGGUCUACAACCUCCAAGUGGGUGACUUGGUAUCAAUCCAUUCGACGCACAGAUGAUACUGAGAUUCGCAAGUGGUAUAUUUCUGCCCAUGGUGGGAAUGAUGAGAAAGUGUUUGCCAGCAUGAGUGAUCCUGCUGCUCUCAAACUAGCGCGAGAAGCCUUGCUGAAAGAUGUCAUCACCGAGAAAUCCCGCGGGUUAUUCUCCAAAUCGUCCAAUGACCAAUUGAUCAAAGAGCUUGCUCGUGAUUGGGAGUCCACUAACUUCCUUUUGGAUUGGUAUUGUCGCUAUGCAGACGUCCCUCGCCCAAUUCCUUUCAGUUCUGGCUGGAACAUUCAGACUAAGGUCGCAUUGGACACGCUGCGGAACUCUCAGAAAGGAUUGCGACUGCAUAAUGCUUUUGUUCACUGGCGUCAAUCAAGCAAAGAAAUUGGCUGUGGUAUCUUGUACUUUAUCCUUGCCCUGCUCGACAAGUGGAUGCAGCUUUUGAGUGGUAACCAUCUAUCUGGACUACUAACAGCGUCUUUGACCGAUGCAAAUCGCAUGGCCGUUGGAUUUGCACUUGCUUAUUAUCUGAUCGGCGCUGUGUUGAUUGAUACCAAAGCACAAGAACUCCAUGAAGCCAUUGGUGGGAAAGAGCCCACCGCAGUGAAGUUAGCCAAAGACAUCCGCCUUUCGCAGAAACAAGAUAUCCAGUUUCGACGCAAAGUGUAUUGGCGAACUCUCUUAAAGUUCUUGCUCUGGCAUGUUUGGAGUCUGGCUAUUUCCACUGCCCUGAUCUGGACGUUUCAAUCAUCUGUACAAGCCAUGAUUAUCUUCUUCGCCUACGUGCUUGCCUAUACAGGAUUGAUCUGGUAUCAAUAUACCAAAAUUUUCACUGGGCCCCAUGCUUUGAAGCCGUUGCUUAUUGGCGUCUGUAUCGGCCUGCCAGUCGGGAUUGCCUUAAAGAUUUGCCUUCCGCAGUUUUUAUAUUCCGAAACAAUUGGGCUCGGAACUGCAACUUGGACAGUUGCCAUCCUGUCUCUUUGGAAUGCAAAGAUGGGUAUGCCUCAAAAGGUUGACUCGCCAGUGGAGCUGGGUAGGACUUUCCAUGCCUUCACUACGCCCUGGGCAGAUCCCGAGUGGUCGCAGCAGGAACUUCAAAGCUACUUCGAAGGUGUUGCAUUGCUCCCAGCAGAUUCCCGUUUCAAAGUUGAUCCAACUCUUCAUCCAGGGGUGGAGAUCAAGAACGUUCUGCUUUCUCGCAGAUACGAACCGCGCAUUGAAGAAGCCUUUCCAAACUCAAAGGAUAUCAUCAGCAAAGCCAUUUCCUCGUGGGAAAAAGGCGAUGUCAGUCUUGAACUUGUGCCCUUGGGUUCAAUGGGUCCUGGUAUCCGUGCCCUUAGUUGUAACACUGGAAACCAACUCAAACUAGCCAUCUGCGUGAGAGGGCUUCAUGACGAGCGACUUGAUAUCAGCGCCAACUGCCAGAUAAUUGCAGAAACGCUGGUCCACUCCGUCGCCGAGAUGAUGAUGGGCGUCCCUCACGAAUAUGCCGUGUUGGCCGAGGCCAUCGUCUCGGGGGGUGUAACCCAUACCAUGGCUCGACAGCUCCGUGAAGAGGUCAAUACUUCUCUUGUUGUGCGCUGGGCCAAGAAAGAGCUCCUUCGACAGCUUUGCCUUGGGUUCGAGGCCGACAUCCACUGGGACAAAUUGCCCGUGGAGGUUCGAGAUCUAUUGCUUGCUCGCUGCUUGGGACAACAAUCUGGUCUUCCAGAUAUUCCACGACGAUGGCUUCAGCAAAGUCUUUGCCAAUUUGACACCCAAGACCUGGAUAUACAUGUUGCCCGAUGCAAUCUAGGAGCGGCAACGGCAGUCAGCAUCCUCGAUUACGCGCAUUAUGGAACCGGUGAAGCUGCCAUUCCUAAAGAAUCCGAGACUGCCAAAUUUAUCCCCUACAUCCCCCGCAAGCUGCCCGCUCCUCUUGCACUCGUCCGAUCUCCUUUCAGUUACAUCUAUCAUAAUCUAGGGUUGGCUGUCAAGUUUUUCGUGAUUGCCCUCGUUGCAGAUCCCGAAUUUCAGAGGGAGUUUGACCAUGUUACAAAGGAGUGGCCGGCGUUCUUCCGUGCUCCGACCGUGUUUUUCCUGAAUAUGAUCUGGAUCUAUGCAAAAAUCGUCCAGGACUUUGGUUUGUCUUUCUUCCUGUUCCAUGGUCGCCAGAACGUCAAAAGACUUUGGGAAGAGACCAAGGGCAUGACGAUCCAUAUCAAGAAGAGUAGAGUCUUCAUCCAAGGUCUGGAUGGGACAUUCACCGCAUUUCGACACCAGGAGACCGAUGGUGGCUUUAAGGUCUAUCAAUACACCGGCGAGCACAAAACUGAGCCGAAGGAGGUCAACGCACUGAAGUAUAUCAGCAGCUACUCGAGUGAUAUGCUGCUUCUCAUCAAACAGGAAUUCAAAAAUGGCAAGUUGAUUAAUGAAUACCACUACGACUACCAGGCGCCCGCCAAGAAAGGUCUCAAACUUGGAAGGUCAACAAAUGGCCGUAUGCCGCUGGGUCGACGUUGCGUUCAAGGCGAAAAUCACCUGCAAAGCAUCCAGUACAACAAUAAGGGCCUUGUCGAUAAAGGUUCAUACAUGAAAGACGGGAACUUGAUUCGCUUCCAAUAUCACUAUCGCAAAAACCCUCGCUUUGGUGAUGAGCUUCUUCGAGCCGAGUUUUCUCUCUCACACAUCACUUGCAACGUAUCUUGGUGUGCACCUCCGCGUCGGCAUCGGGAUAAGGAACAUAGAUGGAUCCCACACACCAAAGUUACCGAGGCUACCUUUGUGCAAACCGCGAAUGGGGAUGUCUAUGAGAGUCGGUGGCUGUAUGAUCACAAGUUCCAUCCUACGAUCUUUACCACAAUCAACGGCAUGAAAGCGCAGACACCUCCUAUGAUUGAACACGAUUAUCUGGGAGUCCUCACCAAACCCAUGUACACCAGUUUUGUGCAUGAUAAUCCAUUCUUCUACUGCGAUAGUCUUCGGUCAAACUUCUUCACACGUCUUCUGGGGCUGACAAAGAAACGGUUCAUUGUUUCCACCUCUCGCUCUCGGUCAUUGAUGUGGAAGGCAUGGAAGGAUCGCGUUGACCUGGACGGUAUUAUUGUCCGUUGGAUGGAUGACCGAAUUCUUCGCAAAGAUGAGGUCCUUGCACCCUACUGGCGCAGUCGAGACUGGGGAAACCUGAGGGCUGCAAGGAAGUAUAUGGAGCUUCGGGCCGAUGCAGUUAUGGCCAGUGCAGAUCUUGACAACAACAUCUCCAGCUGGACUCCUUUGGCCGUCAAGAUCAGUGACUUUUUCAACUUCGGUCCUGGGGGCGAUGCAGUCGUCACAACACGAUCCAAGGAGGUCAGCUCUGACACAGACAAGACGCUUCACGUCAUGGCUGCUGAUAACGGAACUUGGCCAAAUGAAGGUGGUGGUGUCUCUGCUUGUCGUCGUGAUAUGAUCAAUUCCCUGCGCACUAUCAAGUGGCACAUGAUCUGUGAAUCUGCCAACGACUUUGGAGUUCCCAAACACCAAACAGAGAGAAAUAUCCAGUCCUUGAAGGUUAUUCCACUUUGGGGGUUGGACUUCCUGACUCCAACUCACGGCCUAUUCCACAAUAAGUUGGAUUCUGAAGUUGAUAACGUCACGUCCGCAAGCGAGUUUGAUAUCAAGAUGAAUUUCAUUCCGAUUUUGACUGCCUUGGUCAAGGGUGCACGUGCAGUACAUCUCUCCAAGGCUGACAUUCAUCAGGCAACUCGGGCGUUAGUGAACUUGAACACCUUUUUCCAAGAUUCUCGCCAUUGGUCUCAGGUCUGGAAUAGCGAAAUGGUCAAGCAGAGUUGGCGGGAUCUGUGGCUCACGCAAGAGAUGCCCAAUACAAUCCCUUCUUCCGAAUGGCUUGAUACCGAGCUCCCGACCUUGGCCACGAUGGAUGUGGCUCUGGAGCUCUGGUACCGCUAUCUGUUCAUAUUCUCCAUCCCUGUCCCCGAAAAGAUUCCUGGUGUUUUCCAAGCUUCCCACCACAGUGUCAGUGCUUCAUAUGGUGUUGUUUGCAAAAUAAAGAGGAACUGCACUCUUCAGAUCUGGGAUCAUGCUAUCAGUUGGAGAGAAACCAAUCUCUGUCUUUCUUCUGCCUUGUGCAAGCUUUCGCCAUUCGUUCGAAAUGCCCUUCUUGGCUUGAUGAGAAUCACUUCAGUCCUAACGCUGCACCAUGCUGACAUUAUUCUGCCUUGUGCUGACUUCUUCAAUCCCGGUUGGGAGGUUGAGAUUGGUACCUGCCAGGGCACAAUUGAGCAUCGCAAUACCUUCCGUCGCAAAGUUGACCCGGUUGUCAAUGGUAUCACAGAUAUGCAGAAGUUCGCACCUGUGAACACAAUUAAAUCCGAACGUCCAACAGUGACCAUGCUAUCUCACGUCUGGUAUGCCAAAGACAUCAAAACUGCACUCCUGGCCGCCGACAUCAUCAUCAACCAGUGGAAGUUCGAUGACUAUCAUCUGGACAUUUAUGGCGCAAUCGACAAAGCCCCAACCUACUCCACUGAAUGUCAAGAGAUCAUUGCCUCUAAGGGUCUUCGAGGCAGAGUUACGCUCCGCGGAACGGCUGAUCCCAUGAAGGUGCUCGAAAAUACCUGGCUUUUCUUGAACUCGUCCUUAUCCGAGGGUCUCCCACUUGCAUUAGGUGAGGCAGCACUCACUGGAGCUCCUGUUGUCUGUACGGAUGUUGGUGCCUCACUACGUGUGCUUAGCGAUCCAGACGACUUCUCACGAUACAGUGCCGUUGUGGCACCGAACGAUGCGCAGGCAUUGGCAAAAGCCCAGAUAUCCAUGCUUGCCAUGCUUGGAGAAUGGGAUCAGUAUAGUGAUGAUAACGGGCCUGUUCCAGUCCUGACCUCGUCUCCAACUCCCGAAGAAGUCAAAGUAAUCACCGAACGUAUGUAUGCAAAGAGCGAGCAACGCCGUAAGCUGGGAAUGAUGACUCGCGGUAUCGUUCAGAAAUCAUUCAGCGGCGAUCGAUAUCUUCGAGAACAUGAGCAAAUGCUCUGGAUCGGAAAGUCGGUCAAGAUGAUGGCUAGUCGGGCAGCAGGUGAUGCCGUUGAACCAACUGACAUCGCAACUGCAGUCGAGCAGACAACAGCGACUGUUGAGGAAGAAAUUAUCACGAUCCCUCCCAGUGCUGUCCGAUCCUGGCGGUCUUCUGCAGCUUCAGGCAUGUCAACCGUGUACAGCUCAGUAUCCAAUUAUCCUCUGCAGGGCGGUCGCACUAGACCUAUCUCCAGCAUCUCUGCUCUCAGCCUCAGCAAUAUUUCCACAGAUACGGAGUCUUUUGCUCGUCUUCCAGUCUUUGCGCCUCGUCAUUCUUUUCUGUCUUUCGGGAGCUCCCCCGGCAGCAGGUCACCCUCGGCCCUUGUGCCGCCCCAAAGUUUCCGGGUCUCCAUGGGUGCUCAGCGUCGCUCUCAAUCUUACGCGCGGUCGAUAUCGACCAAUGGUCGGGAACAGCUACGCGGCUUGCAUCGAGAGGAUCUGAUGCAGUACCGCAAUUCAGAUGUCAGUACCAUCAUGCGCGAUGACUUCCUGCGGUCUGGUAUACAUUUCGGUAAUUAA